AUGGAUUCCGAUUUGGAGUACAUAUACGAGCAUUAUGUUGAGUCGUCUAACGGCUUGUCGGACGAGGAGUACUCUGAUGAGACAUCGAUGAUGCAGGCGGUCCUUGAAGAUGCGGAGCAUACGAAGGAACAUGUUCUCAAUUUCAAGGGCUCGGUCAAGGGUCAUCGAGUGCUCAACCGCAGCAGGUCGCGCGGCCAUUUGACACUGAUGGCCGACUACUUUGCCUUGGAUGCACUCUUCGCCGACCAUUUUCGCCGGCAUUUUCGAAUGCGCAAUACUGUCUUUGAUAGUUUGUACCAUGGCGUCCGGUCCUAUGAUAACUACUUCAUCCCGAAGAAGGACGUCGUGGGAACCAUUGGCUUCUCUGGUUACCAGAAGUGUGCGGUUGCACUAUGGAUGCUUGUACAUGGCACGACCGCUGAUUCAUGGGACGGGUACCUACGGAUGUCUGAGAGCACAUGCGGAGAUGCCAUGGUUAGGUUUGCAACUACCGUGGUCGAGGUGUUCGGACCUUAA